UAAAAUUUGCAACAAAAGCUGCUGGGUCUGAUCUACUACAUUUUCUAAUUACCUCGUCUGGGAAACGUAAUUCACAUAACCUAAAACAUAUUGACAGACUAGGCGGUAGAAAAGUGUACACUGCAUUGCUGAUUCAAAUCGAGUUAAAUUUCAACGAGAACUAGCACAAAAUUAAACUUAAAAAUGAAUUUCGGUAACACAAACCCCGGCUUGACAUUCGGAAGUACCCAACCGGCAACAAAUUUAGGAUUAGCAGCACCGAUUUCAUCUUCUUCACCAUUUCAAACAACAAUCACAACACAAUCGGCUCAACCGACUACAGGCUUUUCCAUGCCAGCUACGUCAACAGUCAACAGCACAUUUGGAGUGCCUACCGCAGCCACAACCUCUGGCACAACAGCAAGUCUAUCAUCCGUUCCCACCACAACGCUAUCAUCCGUUCCGGCCAAUACCAACCAAUUGAAUUUCUGUCAGCUCGAAGAACUGAUCAACAAAUGGACGUUGGAGUUGGAGGAACAAGAGAAAAUAUUCAUGAAUCAAGCGACGCAGGUGAACUCCUGGGACAAUAUGCUGAUUAGCAACAGUAACAAAAUAAUGUCGAUCAACGAUGCGGUCGAAAAGGUGAAAAUUGAGCAACAAGCAUUGGAACAGGAACUCGAAUUCAUUUCUGCACAACAUUCCGAACUGGAUGAUUGCAUCAAGCCGCUGCAAGAAGAAUUCACCAAAUCGUCUCACAUUGAUGUGGAAAAGGCGCAGACCUACAUCCUAGCCGAAAAUCUGGACACACAGUUGAGACAGAUGUCCGAAGAUCUGAAAGAAGUCAUCGAACAUCUGAAUGAGGCGAACAAAAACGACAACGCGAACGAUGAUCCAAUCGUGCAGAUUGGUUUGAUUUUGAACGCUCAUAUGAGCUCGUUACAAUGGAUCGAAUCGUCAGCGUCGCAAAUUACCGCACAGAUCGACAAUAUUUCGAAGAUGCAUGAUUCACUGAAGCGAGACAACGAGAAAACGUUCCGAUUAACGUACAAUGAUUAGCGGGUAGAUUUUGAGAGCGGGAGAGAAUUCGAACCAUUUUGUCAAGAGAAAAUUCAACUUUUUGAUGAAAAUACACGGAGUAAUGUGACCGAA